UCAAUUCUUCAAAAUAGAAGAGCUUCUUCAUCUCCUCAUCUGAAGUAACCCACCACCGUUCACCACCUGCAACCCCUCCCCCUCCGUCAACCACACUUCCGGCACUACCAACCAUCGUUCACCACCAACCAACUGUCACAAAACCACCACCACACCUCCGGGACGACCAACCACUGUUCACUGCCACCCCGUUCACCACCAACCACCGCCCAAUCCUGGAUAUGAGAAAGAUGACGGCGGCGGUGGGAUGCCGGCGGCAGGGAUGCCAUUGAAGGGUGUUUCUCUCUCUAGUAAGAUAUGCUCUCUCUCUCACCGAGGAUUCAGCUCCGGCAGACCUCCAGUUACUUUAGCACAUACAAUUGGACAUGUGGCAGCUACUAUAAGUAUGUCAAAAGUUGUCGUGUCAUUUACACACAUUAUCAAAAGUGGUGAACCUGCAUUUAGUGCAUUUGUUUCAAGGUUUUUUCUUGGUGAAACGUUCCCGACUGGGGUUUAUUCGUCACUUUUGCCAAUCAUUAGAGAUUCAGAUGGUAAGUUAUCGUCUGUGCUUCCUGUAAGACAACGACUCAUAUAUAGGGGUGCAGAGAUGUUUUGUGCUGGAAUGGUCAAUUGCGAUUCAUAUAUAGGGGGGCAGGUUUCAGGCCAGACUCAAGUAUGGUUCGAGUUUUUGUUCGGGUCAGCCGUGGGGCGAGUUUCGGGUCAGUGGGUGCAGGUUUGGUUCAACCCGAUUCGGAAGCUUCAGGUCGGCGGCUCAGUCAAACCGGGUCAGAUUCAGAGUUGUUCGAGUCAAGCUUCGGCUCGGUCUCGGUUCGGGUCUUGCAAUUUGUUAGCUAGUUAUUAUUACAUAAGUUUAGAUUUUAUUUAGUUAACGUGCACCGAGCUUGAACCGAUACUUUAGUGGCUUGUUACGUUUGGCAUUUUGAUAGAUAUUUUAUAUAUUGUGUUUA